AUGUUUCAAAUUUGGAAGGAUACCACAAUUGAGGACAGUGGUGCUAAAGGUGUGAAAGAUAGUGACAAGGGCUCCAAUGUGGUAGUCACCAAUAGUAAGGCUGCAAGUCCAAACAAAUUUGAAAUGUUUAUGCCAAAAGAUGAGACAAGCCUUGCCUCUGUAUCUAUUGGGAUCAGUGGGCUGACCAAGUUUACUUCCAUUUGUGCACUUUCACAAGGUGGCUGUCUAGGGGGCACCACAAGUUCUCCAAGGCAAGCACAGACAUUGGUGACCUACUGGUACUUCAAGCAGAAAAUUCCCACUCCCUGA